AUGACUGAAGACGAUUCCAAUUACAUUGAAACGAGUCUUAACAGGGUGCCCAACUAUGAAGUGGCGGAUCAUGCCUUCAUUCUGGCAGAACCCAAACUCAAACAUGAACACGAAGCUAGUCUGAAAUUUGUGCUAGAGAAGAUACAAGAAGAGUCGAUGGCGCCAUUCUACAAGUACCUUCACGACGAGUAUUUGCCCAAGGGCUCCAUUCAAUGGGACGAGUCGCUAUAUAAGUCUCUAAGGGAUCGCAAUGAAAAGGAGAUAGCAGAGUUGAAGAAGCGUCUACAAGAAGUUGAGGACAAAGACGAAGGAGAGCUGGAGAAGGCUCAAGCCUGGGUGAAACUUGGGGAAUACUACGCACAAAUCGGAGACAAGGUCAAUGCGGAAGAAACGUUGUCAAAGGCGCUCGAAAAGGCAGUUUCAACCGGCUCGAAGAUUGACAUCAUGCUCACUAUAACAAGACUGGGGUUUUUCUACAACGACCAGCAAUUCGUGAGAGAGAAACUGGAGCAAGCGAAUAGCAUGAUCGAGAAAGGAGGUGACUGGGAAAGAAGAAACCGGUACAAGACUUACAAAGGUGUGCAUUGUUUGGCCAUUAGAGACUUUAAAGAGGCCGCUGAUCUUUUGGUGGAUUCUUUGGCCACUUUCACGUCUCUAGAAUUGACGUCAUAUGAGAACAUAGCAACUUACGCUUCGGUAGCUGGUCUAUUUGCAUUGGAAAGGACCGAACUCAAGGACAAGAUUAUCGACUCCCCUGAAGUUCUUUCUCUCAUGGGCAGUACAAAGGCAUUGCAAUCAAUAUCGUCACUGACCAUUUCGCUUUACACAUCCGAGUACUCCAGCUAUUUCCCUUAUUUGUUGGAGACGUACGACAACGUAUUGAUCCAAAGCAAAUACCUAACUAAGCAUGCAGAUUUUUACGUGCGUGAAAUGAGGCGGAAAGUGUAUGCUCAAUUAUUAGAAUCUUACAAGACGCUAUCGAUAAAAACCAUGGCAAGUGCGUUCGGUGUGUCUGUGGAGUUUUUGGAUGCGGAUCUGUGCAAGUUUAUUCCCAACAAACAGUUGAACUGUGUCAUCGAUAGAGUCAAUGGGAUUGUAGAAACUAACAGGCCUGACAACAAGAAUGUACAAUAUCAUAUGCUGAUCAAGCAAGGUGACGGCCUUCUCACGAAAUUACAGAAGUAUGGGACUGCGGUCAGGCUCACGGGCGCGGACCGCGCAGUGUAG